AUGAAGUUUGAUGAGUCUCAAACGCUCUUACCGGUGAGAAAACCUGUAAAUAGCGGUUGGCUCAGCCGUAACCGCAAACGCGCUGGUUACAAGCUUUGGGUACUAAUCGCGGUUCUCCUCUUGGCAUUUGGUUCGAUGUUAACCGGUUCCGUCUCUCUCAAAGGAACCGGUCUGUUCCAUUCUGUCGACGGCGGGUACGGUUUUCCUGUCGCCGACGAUCUCGAUAUUCUGGAAAUUGAGGAGAGAGAGAAAGUGGUGAGGCGUAUGUGGGAUGUGUACGGACGUUCCGGCGGUAUUAAGGUUCCACGGUUCUGGCGAGAGGCUUUUGAGGCGGCGUAUGAGUUUCUGACCAGUGACUCCGCCGAUGUUCGAAACGGUGCCGUUUCGGAUAUUGCGAAGUUGUCUCUUGUUCGCUCUUUUAAGCAUGAGUCUACUCCGGCCCAGCCCAAACAGAAAAGCCCACGGGAAUAA